AUGGCUAGCAUUGCAAAGACAAUUGUGGCAACGGGCUGCUCUUCAGGCUUGGGGUUCGAAGCCAUAAAGCAGCUCCUGGAGCAGGCUCAGCCCUACAGAUUCAUUCUCGGAGCCAGAGACACUUCGCGUCUUCAGGGCGCGCUCGAUGGGCUGAAGUACGACUCCAGCAAGCACAACCUGAGCCUUCUGCCGCUCGAGCUGGCGGAUCUGGGAAAUGUCAAGUCUUUCGCGCAGAAGACGCUGGCCAAGCUCGGGCAGAGCAAGAUUGAUUACUUGCUGUUGAAUGCUGGCACCAUCAAGCCGGCCUCUGUCCCCGCCACCAACCCAUCAAAAUGGUGCGAGCCAUAUGUUGUCAACCACCUGUCGCAACACUAUCUUAUCCAUUUACUCCGUGAGAAGCUGGUCAAGGACCAGACGCGCAUCGUUGUAGUGUCAUCCGGCGCAGUGCGCAACGUCCCAGACACCAGUGUCCUUGAGAAAGAUCUACAGACAGGUGCCGACACAAAGGACACCGUCGUCUACUGCGAGACCAAGUUCGCGCAGUUGCUCGGCGCUCAUUGGUGGCGGCGCCAGCUCAAGGGAACCAACGUCGUGGUCGCCGUGUCCCCGGGUCUGAUCCCCGGCACUGGUCUGGGCAGACACGGCAGCUUCAAGCCGACCAUGGACAUGCCCGAUGCCAAGCCCAUUGCCACGGGCGCGGAAAGCAUCCUCCGCGCUUUCACCCGUGAUGACUACCCCGAGGAUCCCGACCAGAUCUUCUUGACUAGUUGGGGCGAGUGGUGGCCCAAGGAUGUCAUUGCUCAGAGUCUUGAUAAGGAUUUGCAGGAUAAGUGGUCUCCAAGCAAGGAGGAGAUAGAGGCGGAAGCAGGGCUGUCUGCGGCCUAA